CAUAUCUAUGGGUGAAAAGGAUUGGUGAUGGCGGCACACACACCAAAAAAACAUUCCACGUAUUGUUCCUCAAAUUCUACUAUAAAUUGUUGGAUCACGCCACCUCCUCACCAUCAUAUCAAUUCCAUACCCCUUAACAAGGUCUUUGCUUCUUAAUUUUCUGAUAGUUAUAAUAUAUAGUUAUGUCUCUACCAACCUCACAAGGUGCACAGCCCGCUGCCACUGGUUUUCCAGUGGCUUACGGCAACAACAACAACCCACAACCCAAGUUCAAAGCCCUGCAGGCCCAGGUUGAUUGGUCCACGGGCCUCUUUGAUUGCUUCUCCAACUUCAAAAACUGUUGCAUAACGUGCUGGUGUCCAUGUAUAACGUUUGGUCGAGUUGCAGAGAUUGUUGACCAGGGAUCAACCUCAUGUGGUGCUAGUGGGGCCCUGUAUACGAUGAUUUGUUGUUUAAUUGGAUGUGGUUGGAUAUACUCAUGCUUCUACCGCACCAAGAUGAGACGACAAUACAUGUUGAAGGAGAGCCCUUGCUGGGAUUGCUUGACUCAUUGCUGCUGCGAACCCUGUGCCUUGUGCCAAGAAUAUCGCGAACUUGAAAACCGCGGAUUUGACAUGGUCAUUGGGUGGCAAGGAAAUGUUCAGGGAGGGAACCAGGGAGUAGCCAUGGUUCCAAUGGCUCCAGCAGCAGUUGAACCUAUGACUCGUUGAGGAUCCAUAUGUACGCACGCGCAAUUAAUGCAUGCAGAUGUAGUUAUAUAUAUAAUGGAUACCAAUUCGACAUGACAUGCCCGUGCAUGAUAUAUACUUGCGUUAGGUCUUAUCAAGAUCAGUUAUGAUUGAGGAAUGGUUUAUAUAUUACUGUUUUGUUGACGUUGUUAAUUACAUACUUGUUUUUAUAUAGAUGUGGUAUUACCUAGUUGUGUGAUGUGUUUACCUUCAUUUUUCUGUGAAAAAAUGACUCAACUUUUUAUCA